AUGUUGAAGUGUUUAGGACGUACAACUUGUCGUGCUCGUAUCACUGACGUGUUGGCCGCCAACCAGCUAGUGGUGGUGACUCCUACUCGUAAUGCCCUCGCCCUUAACAAAAUUCGUCUGAUCCAAUCGGUGGCUUCUGAGGCAGUCUUGGCCAAAUAUAAAGAGAAACUUUUGAAGAAGGCUCAGGAUUUGGGAGCUACGGAUAUCAAUGAACUUAAAGAAAAGCUCAAAGAUGAAAUUGAGACCAAAAAACAGGAGUUGAACCAAGUGGAUGUCCUCAAGGAAUUGGAAGCUUUAACCAACGAAUCUGCAGGAUCAUCAUCGUCAUCCAGCAACCCAAACGUCAUCAAGAUCAAUAAGCCUUUGUCUCCAACCGAUGGCAAAAAGAAAGAUGCCCCGCCAUUCAAAACCCUUUCUUCUUACAUUGACGUUGAGAAAAUCUCAAAUCUUGAAACAGAUCAAAUUGGGUUGAUUUGGCGAGCAAGAUUUCAAAACAACCCAAAAGCAGUCUGUGCUCCAGUAGACACCGCCACCUUCCAAAAGCUUUAUGCUAAUGCUAGAAAAAACCCAAACUUCAUAAUUCCAUUGAAAAAGGAAAACGCUGGUCAUGAAUUACAUUUUGUGCAAUGGAAUUUCUCUGGACCGGAUACCGUCCAUGUUAUUUUCACUAGUCUUGCGGAAUACAAGCUUCACGGAGAAUUUUCCACGCCUCAUACCACAUUGACUUUCCAUAGAGAAUUAGAAAAGGAAAAAGCGAUUGUAUUGAUGAACGGGCUCGUGGAAGGUGAAGGUGUGACUUUAAGUGAAACUCAAUUGUUGAUUCUUAAUUUGCAAAACUUCUAUGGGGGUUUGCAAAAGGAUGCUAAUAAAUUGAGAUUAUUGGAGGCGUUUAAUAAAGGGACUAGUGAAUUUUCAUUGGAAGAAUUGAUCAAAGAAAGUCAAGAUGUUGAAUAG